AUGUUGAUGUAUGCCAAUUCUUAUCUCCCAGUUGCCUUCCCCCUCAAUGCUGAUGACGACGAUGAUAAGAUCGUGGGAGGCUACACCUGCACAGCAAACUCUGUCCCCUAUCAGGUGUCCCUGAAUUCCGGAUAUCACUUCUGUGGAGGUUCCCUUAUCAACAGCCAGUGGGUCCUGUCAGCUGCUCACUGCUACAAGUCUCGCAUCCAAGUGCAGCUCGGGAAACAUAACCUGGCAGUCACAGAAUCGACACAGCAGUUCAUCAAUUCCGCUAAAGUCAUCCGCCACUCCGGCUACAGCUCCUCAUCGCUGGACAAUGACAUUAUGCUCAUCAAGCUUGCCACACCAGCCCAGCUGAACCGAGCUGUCCAAACAGUUCCUCUGCCGACCAGCUGUGUGACCACGGGCACCACAUGCCUCAUCUCUGGCUGGGGCAACACACUCAGCAGUGGCAGUCGGUAUCCAGAUAAGCUGCAGUGCCUGAAGGCGCCCGUGCUCUCAGCAAGCGACUGCAGCAAGGCCUACCCUGGACAAAUUACCAAGAACAUGAUAUGUGUUGGAUUCCUGGAGGGAGGGAAAGACUCCUGCCAGGGCGAUUCCGGCGGCCCCGUCGUCUGCAACGGGCAGCUCCAGGGCAUUGUUUCCUGGGGCAUUGGCUGUGCGAAGAAAGGCUAUCCUGGGGUUUACACCAAGGUUUGCAACUACGUCUCCUGGAUCAAAACAACUAUGUCUGCCAACUGA